GAAAGACCACAUAAAUGCAUGGAAUGUGGGAAGAGCUUCAGUCGGAGUGGAACUCUACGUUUACAUCAAACAACCCACACUGGUGAGAAACCAUAUAAAUGCAUUGAAUGCGGAAAGAGCUUCAGUCACAGUGGGACUCUACAUUCACAUCAAAGAACCCACACAGGGGAAAGGCCAUAUAAGUGCAUGGAAUGUGGGAAGAGCUUCAGUUGGAAUAGAACACUACGUUCCCAUGAAAGAACCCACACGGGGGAGAAACCAUAUGUAUGCAUGGAAUGCGGGAAGAGCUUCAGUCAGAGUGGACACCUACAUUCACAUCAAAGAACCCACACAGGAGAAAGACCAUAUGUGUGCAUUGAAUGUGGGAAGAGCUUCAGUCAGAGUGAAUGUCUACGUAAACAUCAGAGAAUCCACACAGGAGAGAAACCAUAUAAAUGCAUGGAAUGUGGAAUGAGCUUCAGCUGGAGCAAUAGCCUUACUUCACACCAAAGAACCCACACAGGAGAAAGGCCAUAUAAAUGCAUGGAAUGUGGGAAGAGCUUCAGUCACAGUGGAACUCUACGUUUACAUCAAAGAACUCACACAGGGGAGAAACCAUAUAACUGCAUGGAAUGUGGGAAGAGCUUCAAUGACAAUAGAAGACUACAUUUACAUCAAAGAACCCACACUGGAGAAAGACCAUAUAAAUGCAUGGAGUGUGGGAAGAGCUUCAGUCAGAGUGGAAAUCUCAGUUCACAUCAAAGAACGCACACAGGGGAGAAACCAUAUAAAUGCAUGGAAUGUGGACUGAACUUCAAUUGCAGAGGACAUCUGCAUUCACAUCAAAGAACCCACACAGGAGAAAAGCCAUAUAAAUGCAUGGAAUGUGGAAAGAGCUUCAGUCACAGUGGAAAUUUAAGUUCACAUCAAAGAACCCACACAGGAGAAAAACCAUAUAGAUGCAUGGAAUGUGGAAAGAUCUUUAGUGAGAGUGGAAAACUACGUUUACAUCAAAGAACUCACACAGGGGAAAAACCAUAUAAAUGCAUGGAAUGUGGAAAGAUCUUUAGUGAGAGCGGAAGUCUACAUUCACAUCAAAGAACCCACACAGGGGAAAGGCCAUAUAAAUGCAUGGAAUGUGACAAGUGCUUCAGUCACAGUGGAACUCUGCGUUUACACCAAAGAAGCCACACAAGGCAGAAACCAUAUAAAUGCAUGGAAUGUGGACUGAGCUUCAGUCAGAGUGGAAAACUACGUUUACAUGGAAGAACCCACAUGGGAGAAACAUCAUAUACAGAGUGCGGGAAGAGCUUUAGUGACAGUGGAAGUCUAUGUUCUCAUCAAAGGACCCACACAGGGGAGAAACCAUAUAAAUGCGUGGAAUGCGGAAAGAGCUUUAGUUACAGUGGAAAUCUAUGUUUGCAUGAAAGAUCCCACGUAGCAUAAGGACCAUAUAAAUGCAUGUAAUGUGGGAAAAGCUGCAGUUGCAAUAAACUCUAAUUUUACAUCAAAAAGCCCACAUUAGGAAAAAAGUAUGAAAAGUUAGGAAAUGAAGGGUUUAUGAAGAGAGAGUCAGGGAGGAUAUGAAUAACUGGCAGGAUGAAGGGGAGGAAAUCAGUAUAUUAAGGUGGGGUACAGACCGCCAGAAAGAGGCGUCUCCCUGUCGCCUCCCUUUGCUCUGCAGGAGAGCUGCAGCAAGUGUAUUGUGCAAUGCUGCUGCACAGCAAAAAAGGGACGCCCGGAAGAGCUCUGUUUUGCAGCGCUGCCGCAAUGCAGCAAAGCGCCAGAGAUGGAAGUUGCAGUGACGUCGCAGCUAUGACAUGGUGUUUGGAAGUGGCACAGCUGCGACGUCAUCAUUACACACCCCGUCUGGUGGGCGCACCGCAGUUGCAGCGCAUCCAUUACGUACAAGGGUUGCCGGGUGUGUGGGUGCUCUGCCCACCAGGGAACCUUUGCAUGUGUCACAGGGGUGCGCCAAAGGCCCAUCUGUUCUGGCCCUAAAUGUACAAAUUGCUACUUAGAUUUGACAAUGAAGCUUAAAGAAUAUAUUGUAUAUUACCCCAGAGAAAUGGCUAAAUUAUAUAAAGGAUAUACAGCACACGCCCCAAGAGCAGAAGAUAAAUUGGUAAAAGAACACGUGAAAAGGCAAGUUUUGACAAGGGGGGGGGGUUGCUAUUGCUAUCCUGAGGCUGAGAGAGUGUGCCUUGGAUGUUUUUUCUCUGGAUGUCCUGCCCUGGAAGUGGAUGUCUCUAAAAGGUUUGGCAACACAUCUCCAUCCUUAACAUAACUAUGGUCUUGGGGAAAAACCAUACAAAAAUAUACCUAAAUCCAAACCUAUAUGUACACAAUCCCCGUUAACUAACAUACAUGGACAACAGCUAUAGGUUUUAUAUUGUGAUGAUAAAACACAGAACAUACAUUCUGUAACUUCCUUUCCCUGUCUCUCGAGUUUCAAUUCUACUUGCUUCAUUUCACUUUUAUUCAUGUCUUCAUCUUCUUUUGUCCUUGUUCCUUUAUUCAUUUCACCUGUUUUCCCCCCUUCUCUCGGACUGCUCUUUCCCUAUUUUUAUUACCAAUACAUAUUGUACAGUACACAUAUUAGUGUACAUUUGUGAUCUCAUGUAUUACCAAGACAUAUUUGUGAUCUCUCACG